UGGUGCCUGGCUCCCCCACCCCUCCACAUCCAUCCCUGCUGCCUUUGGGCACAGCCGGGGCUGCUUCCCAGGGUUGGCAGCUGGUGCGAGGUGCGGGCAAACCAGCAAGAGCCCUCUCCAGGGGCGUCUGUGCUGCUGCUGCAGAGCCGGGGGACCUGCUGGGACCCGCUGGGUCCCGCUGGGUCUGCAUCUUCCCCCCCGCGCGGUGAGCAGGGGUCCCCGCGAGGUCUCGCCUUUGACGUGACGUUUCUUUUCCGUUCUCGCUCUGCAGGCUGCAAAAUCAAAGCCCUGCGUGCCAAGACCAACACGUACAUCAAGACGCCGGUCAGGGGCGAGGAGCCCGUUUUCAUCGUGACCGGGAGGAAGGAGGAUGUGGAGAUGGCCAAGAGGGAGAUCCUCUCGGCCGCCGAGCACUUCUCCAUGAUCCGGGCGACGCGCAACAAAGUGAACGGGCUGACGGGCGCGAUGCAGGGGCCCCCCAACCUGCCGGGACAGACCACCAUCCAGGUGAGGGUCCCGUACCGCGUGGUGGGGCUGGUGGUGGGCCCCAAGGGAGCCACCAUCAAGCGCAUCCAGCAGCAGACGCACACCUACAUCGUGACGCCCAGCCGGGACAAGGAGCCCGUCUUCGAGGUGACGGGCAUGCCCGAGAACGUGGACCGGGCCCGGGAGGAGAUCGAGGCGCACAUCACCAUGCGGACAGGCUCCUUCAUCGACGUCAACGCCGACAACGACUUCCACACCAACGGCACCGACGUCUGCCUCGACCUGCAGGGGGGCACGGCCGGCUUGUGGGCCAAGGCCCCGCACCCUGCCCGGCGCCCCGCCGCCGCCCUGCGCAACGACAGCCUCAGCUCCCUGGGCAGCGCCUCCACCGAGUCCUUCUACAGCGGGCGGGUGGCGGACGCCAGCCCCACCAGCCCCUACAGCACCAGCAGCGGCUUCGCCUUCAGCGAGCCGCCGGCCUCGCUGGGCUCGGAGGAGUGCGACUUCGGCUUCGACUUCUUGGCCCUGGACCUCACGACGCCCACCACCAUCUGGUCGCCCUUCGAGCGCGCCGGCAACCCCCUGCAGGCCUUCAGCGGCUGCUCCUCCUCCGUCGGCGGCUCGCAGAGACGCAGCAGCGGGGCGGCCACGCCGCGCCACUCGCCCACCCUGCCCGAGAGCGCCGGCGGGGCGCUGGAGCACCCCUUGGCCCGCCGCAUCCAGAGCGACCCCGUCAGCACCUUGUCCUGGCUGCCCACCCAAGGCUCGCUCUCCUCCUUCUCCACCAGCACGGGCUACUCCUCCUCCUCCUCCCUGCCCGGCAGCAUCUCGGCCGCCUCGGGCUCGCCCACCGACUCGAGCAGCUCCGACGGGCACCGCAAGAGCUCCCGCGAGUGCAUGGUGUGCUUCGAGAGCGAGGUGAUCGCCGCCCUGGUGCCCUGCGGCCACAACCUCUUCUGCAUGGAGUGCGCCAUGCGCAUCUGCGGCAAAGCCGAGCCCGAGUGCCCCGCGUGCCACACGCCGGCCACCCAAGCCAUCCACAUCUUCUCCUAGCCGGGGCCGGCCAGCAGGGGCAGCCAGCCCCCCCCCCACCCCUCCAACACAGCUUUUUAAGGACUUUAAACUGUUGGAAUCAACCUUUUUAUUUAACGGAUCAGACUGGGGGCGCGGGGGGGAGGGACAGAGAUGCUAUUUCUCUCGCUGGAUGGAAGCCGGAGGGCAGGAUCGCGGGGAGGGAGGGGCAGACGGAAAAAAAAAGGGGGUCGGGAGGGGUGGGGAGGAAGGGGCGGACGAAGACGACGAGGAAGAGGGGCGCAAAACCGCAGAGAGGAGCAAAAUCAAAUGUUUACAGAAUAGCUUUAACUCUUAACCCGGCUGUGGCGGCUGGGAGGAGAAAGCCCAGCUGUUCUUCAACAGUCCUUUCCAAAUAACAGUAUUCAGUUUGCAAAGUUAAAUAAACAGAAAGAAAAGGUCCGGUUGCACUUUUUAUUUUAGGACACGCAAGGGUUGUCUUUUAUUUUUUUAAAAGCAUUCUAUUAUUAUUAUAAUUGUUUUGUUGUCGUUCUUUUUGUAUGUAGUUAUUUUUUUGGAUGAUUCUUGAUGGUUCUAUAAAUAUAUAUAUAUUUUUUUUGUAACACAGGUCUUACCUUCUAUUUUGCCAAUGUGAAAACUGCCCAAAACGCGCAUUACGAGAGGCCGGGGGUCGCGGCCGGGGGGGCCGGGCCGGGCAGGGGCUGGAGGGGGCACGGUGGACACGUCACGUCACAAAAACCCGACAGGUUUCUAUCUCCUUUUGAUUUCACGGUCGUUUUGUUUUGUUUGUUUUUAGUUUUAUUUUUUUAUUUUUUACCUCUUUAUGUAUAUGUAGGGAAUUUAUAGGAAAAUAUGUACUUUAUUGAAUAAAUUUUAAAAACUAAAAUAUAUUUUAUUUUAAAAAGAAAAUAACGGACCUUUAACCUUACAUGGCUAAAGUACUGAUUAUAUAUUUGCUGAGCUGACUUGACGGUUAUGAAAAUUGUAUCAAGAGUUUUAUUUUUUGACUUCAAAGCCUUCUUAAUAAAGACUUUUUACUAUAUACGAA